AUGAUCAGUUCAUAUUAGGCAGUCGUUGCGACCAGUGGAUCACAAGAAAUUAAGUGGGACCGCGUAUGUGCCUUAACAUCCGUUACUUAACGCAGGAUGGAUUUGUGAUUUUACUAGUAAUAAUCAGUGAUCAGUUGAAUACAGUGCGAGUGUGACACAUUAAGCGAAAAAAGCCCCUUUGGUGGGUUAAUUUGGGGGUUUUCCAGUGCUCAGUUCUGUGGAGUAAUAAAAGAUUGAUAGUUAGCCUGUGCAUUAUCUCGUGACGCAACGACAUUAGGCUAGUGUUUAGGGAAACACAUCGGCGCAAGGUCGGUGGUUCAGAAUGAAAUUCAAAAGCUUGGCCCAUGGAUGGGUUCUACCGGUGGCUGUGAUAUACCUGUGCUUCAUAACGGUUGGCAACUGUGAAGGGUUUUAUUCCAUCGUUGCGUCGAAACUCCUGAGACCGAAUUCGGAGUACCAUGUGUCCGUAAGCAAUUUUAACGUUCAAACACCAAUCAAAUUUCGGAUAACAGUAAACAACACCGACAGCGGCGAACCCGUUGCUUCCGAAGAUGUCACCUUGGGGCAAGGAGAAUCACGUUUGAUUCCGUUUAGUAUCGGUGAUAUUACACAAUCGGACUACAGCUUGGUGGCCGAAGGGUUAUCUGGGUUUGUAUUCACGAAUGAGACCCAGCUGAGAUUUCAACCAAAAAGUUUCUCGGUUUUUGUACAAACUGAUAAGGCCAUUUAUAAGCCGGGUGAUACGGUCAGAUUCCGGGUGCUAGUUCUAGACCCCAAUACAAGGCCGCUCCAGAAGGUAAACGCUGUGCAGGUCCACAUAACAGAUGGCAAGAGCAAUCGGAUCAAGCAGUGGAACAACGCUACGCUGAUUAAGGGCGUUUUCGAAGCCAAUUUACCAUUGUCAAAUGCUCCUGUUCUUGGUCGCUGGUUGAUCCAUGUUGAGGUUUUGGGAUCGAAAACUAAUCAAGAAUUCGAAGUGGAUGAGUAUGUUUUACCGAAGUUUGAGAUAAGCGUGGAAUCACCGGGAAUAACCACGUUUAAAGAUGGCAAGGUUAAAGCUAUAAUUCGUGCAAAGUAUACGUAUGGAAAACCUGUUAAAGGAGAAGCCACAGUAUCCGCAUAUCCGGACUUUGGUUUUCAUUACGUUCAGCCUUUCGAACGAGAUGUGAUUACAAGAAAAACCGUCCCAGUUGAUGGUAAAGGUUCUGUUGAAUUUGAUCUGCGCGAUGAAAUUAAACUGGACGGAGAAUAUACGCGUAAGAUUGUUAUCGAAGCAGUCGUCGAAGAGGAGUUGACCGGCCGGAAGCAGAACUCUAGUUCGAAGGUUACUAUCUAUGACAGAAGAAUUAAGAUGGAAUUAGUCAAAAGUGCAGAAAGGUUCAAACCCGGAUUGCCUUACACUGCAUGGCUUAAGGCGAGCUUUCAAGAUGACGUGCCCGUGCAGGAUAGUGUUAACAAAGUUGAAGUAAGCCAAGUUACUGGAUGGCCAGAGAGAAAUAUUUCGAGGCAUAGCUAUUCGUUGGAUCAGAAUGGAAUGGCCAAAUUGAUUGUAAACACCGAUGUCGACACCGAGUAUAUGGAUUUUCGGGCUGAGUAUUUAGGAACUGUUUACAAUCUGGGAGGAAUAUCUAAAGGUUGGAUCAAAACUGCAGCUUACAUGCGAGUGAAAGUGCUGACUGAAGUCCCAGCCAUAAACAAAGAUGUAAUGGUGGAUAUAACUUCCACGGUACCUAUGAAAUAUUUCAACUUUCAAGUUCUUGGACGAGGUGACAUCAUUGUUGGUGGAACAAUAGCUGUUCCUGAGCAGCGCUCGCAUACUUUUCGUUUUACAGCCAGCUUUGCCAUGGUUCCAAGAGCACGCUUGGUGGUUUAUUUUAUUCAAGAUGAUGGUGAACUGGUUAGUGAUAAGGUGGAUAUUGAAUUCGGCGACGAUCUGCAAAAUUUCCUCAAAGUGUCGCUCUCGAAAAGCGAAUCUAAACCCGGUGAGGAUGUGGACAUCUUAAUCUCUACUAAUCCGGAUUCGUACGUUGGAUUGCUUGGAGUCGACCAGAGCGUACUGCUUCUGAAGAGUGGUAACGAUAUCACCAAGACCAAGGUAUUUGAUGAGUUGAAAAUGUACGAGGAGCCUUCUUACAGUUAUUACCGCAAGAAACGUUUUGCCCCGUGGAGGUAUCGUGCAAGCUACGAUGACUUCAAUGAUGCUGGAGCUAUUAUAAUGACCAACGCCAAUGAGCCACCACCGAAUGAUACCUCCUCCAGACUAUCCCCGAUUACCUAUAAAGUACACCGAGCUCCCAACGGAACGGCACUUUUCACGGUGAUUGAAAAGUCGCCCCGUGCGCUUCCGGUGCACGAGUUCAAGACCAAUACCAGGCCACCAUUGGCCGGACCGUAUGCCUUCAGCCGUAUCCCCAAGCCUCACAGAAACAUUCCGCGAAUCUUUCUGUCGCACGAAAUCGCCGACACGUGGUUGUUCGAGAAUGCAUACUCCGGCAGAUUCUCUGGUGAGAAAACAAUCACGAAAAAAGUACCGGACACAAUUACGUCCUGGAUUAUCACUGGUUUCUCGGUAAAUCCGAUUCACGGACUAGGACUGACCCAAGUGCCCCGGAAGCUUAACGUGUUCCUACCGUUCUUCGUGUCUACCAAUUUACCGUAUUCCGUGAAACGUGGCGAAAUCGUGUCUAUUCCAAUCGUGAUUUUCAACUACAUGGAAUCGGAUCAGAGUGCUGAGGUAACAUUCCAUAAUACGGAACAGGAGUUCGAAUUCACCGAUAUCGAGAAUGAAAUUCAUGAAAAUCCAAAGCUAGAACUAUUCCGCAAAAAAACUAUUGAUGUGCCGGCAAACAGUGGUAAAACGGUCUCAUUCAUGGUCAAACCUACCAAACUGGGACACAUCACCAUUAAGGUUACGGCUACCACUAAACUGGCUGGCGAUGGUGUCGAGCGGCAGUUGCUGGUGGAACCGGAAGGACUGCCUCAGUAUGUUAAUAAAGCCACUUUCGUAGAUCUGCGUGCUUCACCAGAGGCAACGCACAAUUUUACCGUCGAAGUACCGAAGAAUGCGGUUCCCGAUUCUACACGCAUUGAGGUCUCUGUUAUUGGUGAUGUGUUGGGAUCCACCAUCCAGAACUUGGAUUCUCUCAUCCGGAUGCCGUACGGCUGCGGCGAACAGAACAUGUUGAAUUUUGUUCCCAACAUUGUUGUGUUGGACUAUCUUACGAACACCAACCAAUUGACCUCGCAAAUAGCCGCAAAGGCCAAACGUUUUAUGGAGUCUGGCUAUCAGCGUGAAUUAUCUUACAAACAUGAUGACGGAUCGUUCAGUGCGUUUGGAAAUUCGGACAAGAGUGGCAGUACCUGGCUGACUGCAUUUGUGGCACGCUCUUUCAAACAGGCUGCCAAGCACAUAAGCGUGGAUGAAAGCGUCAUCGAUCGUUCCCUGCAAUGGUUAAGUGAUAAACAGGCUGCGAACGGUAGUUUCCCUGAGGUAGGACAAGUUUCCCAUAAGGAUAUGCAGGGUGGCUCUGGACAGGGAAUCGCCCUGACUGCGUAUACGUUGAUAGCGUUCUUGAAGAACGCGAAUUUGAUCCCAAAAUAUCAAAACACUAUCAAUAAGGCUUUGGACUACAUUGUUCGAAACACCGAGGGUCUGGACGAUAAUUAUUCUCUAGCACUAGCAGCUUAUGCACUGCAACUCGCCGAUCACAGCUCUAAGGGUUACAUUCUAUCAAAGUUGGAUACGAAAGCAACGAUGGACGGCGACACGAAGUGGUGGCACAAACCAAUCCCAGAAAGUGACAGCAAAAAUCCGUGGUACAGCAAACCGAAUUCCGUGAACGUAGAGAUGUCGUCAUACGGUAUGCUGGCAUUCCUAGAGGCUGGUCUUGAUACGGACGCAUUACCUGUGAUGAAAUGGUUGAUUAGUCAACGAAACGAAAAGGGAGGCUUCCAGUCCACCCAGGAUACGGUUGUUGGAUUGCAAGCACUGGCAAAAUUGGCGGCCAAAAUUUCCUCCCCCAAUAACGACGUUACCUUUGUGGCUACCUUCAACGAUGAUCAGCAGCGAGAGAUGCAGGUUAACUCGCAGAAUGGUAUGAUCCUUCAGAAGUUUGAACUGCCGUCCAAUGUUAGGCAGAUCGGCAUUAAAGCUACCGGGCGUGGAUUUGCAAUCGUUUCUCUGUCGUACAAAUACAACAUGAACGUAACCGGAGAAUGGCCGCGAUUCGUGCUGGAUCCUCAGGUUAACAAGAACUCUAACCCGGAUUAUCUGCACCUGUCGGUGUGUACCAGUUUCGUUCCAACAACUGGUCAAAACAGUUCAAACAUGGCUGUGAUGGAGGUGGGAUUCCCCAGCGGGUUCACCGCUGAUACGGAUACGUUACCGUCCUUGGAAAAUAUGGACUAUAUCAAGAAAGUUGAAUUGAAGGACGGUGACACCAUCGUAGUUCUGUACUUCGACAGCUUGGAUCGAAAGGAACUGUGCCCGACUAUUUCCGCAUUCCGUACACAUAAAGUCGCAAAGCAAAAACCAGCUCCCGUGGUUAUCUAUGAUUAUUACGAUAACUCUCGCAUAGCUCGGCAGUUCUAUGACGGUCCCCGGUCUACCUUGUGUGAUAUCUGUGAAAAUGAAGAUUGCGGUGAAUCUUGCUCGAUUCGCUCGCAGAAGCAACGUUCACCAAAGGAGGAAACUGGUACAAGGGUUACGGUCAAUGGAGCGGAGAAAACUGGCCCAAUGCUUGCGGUUUCAUUUAUUGUGGCAGCAGCUUUGUUGAAGGUUAUUAUUCUGUGAAUGGUUUGGUAACUGGAGACAAUGUUAACCCGAAGAGCGACUUGCAAAAGUUUUUACUUUAUCAAAUCGGUGUGAAGAGUGUUGCGAUUUGUUCUUGAAGCAAGAGUCGAUGGGAAUAAAUACUAUAUAUCGAA